GCAGCGCAACUACUUUCACUCGGAGGUGGAUCUAAUGCUUUGGCAGGCCAUCUACAUGGAGAACCUCUUCCUCAACCACAUGAAGGGCGGCAACCUCCGCGCGAACGGGAGGUACCGCCGCUGGAACAACGGCGUCAGCGUCGACCACAUCGACGACAUCAACAACAUCAGCACGAUGAUGCACUGGGUCGUGGAGGUCAUCCCCGCCAGGGAGAUCAUGCCUCGCCUUCCACGUCCGUCUCCGCUUCCCAACCUCGUGAUGCGGCCGCGGAUGAUCAUGUACGUGUGGCCGAACAUCCACGGGGUCCUCAUCACCCACGGCACGUUCGUGUUCGGUGGGAGGUCCGUGUUCCGCCUGAGGAGCGAGCUGGCUAGGCGGCUGGGCGACCUCGCAAUCAUGGACUUGGAGGUCGCCGACCUCGUCAUGUGCUUGCCCACGCAUGAUGGCCAGCUUAUUCCACUGGUAGUCGAUCUGCCCCGCAGCGGCGAGACCCUCCACAUCGUCGUCGUCAUCGUCGGGUCGCCUGCCUACAUGGCGCUGCAGUACGCGGAUAUCGAUGCAUAGCAGAGAGAUACCAGAGCCAGGACACCUAGAAGUCUCCUUCAUGUCCACCUCGCCGGAAGUGUCACCACGGCAUUAGAACUCAGUUCCUUUAGUUGAAAUAUAGGUUCAUGAAAACCCAGCUUGGUUCGUUGAAAUAUGGGUUCAGGAAACUUGUAUGCGUUAGCAUCACCAUUCUGUACUUCCGAAACUGUUUGAACAAUGAUGCGGUGACACUAGUCUGUAAUAAUGUGUUGAC